AUGUUCCGUAAAACACUGACUACACUAGGGCGCCGUUUAUAUUCUCUGACUCCAGAAGAGAAGCUGAUAACUGAUAAGUUGAGUAAAGAGUUGAAUCCCUCUUCCAUCUCUGUUAAUGACAUCAGCGGAGGAUGCGGAUCGAUGUUUUCUAUUAAUAUUACAAGUGAUAAGUUCAAAGGAUUGUCGAUAGUGAAACAACAUAAACUAGUAAAUGAGAUUUUAAAAGACGAUAUUAAAAGAUGGCAUGGUUUGCAACUCCGUACCAAGAAAGAAUAA